UUUUUCUCUCUGUUCGAUUUUUUUGUUUUAAAGAUAAAUUCAAUUAACUUUCUUAAUUAAAUUUUCUUCUUUUCAAUUUUUGUCUAUAGUUAUAAUUGAACAAUUACCUUGUCGACUAAUUGUUGGAAUAAGAAUUAAUUUCAUCAAAGAUCAUCAAAUCUUAACCUUUUCCAUUUUUUACUUUUCCCUAUGGUUUUGGAUUUUUAGUUUGUUAGUUGUAACAAUUUUUUCGCAUUUUAAUUAGCCGUUAAGAAACGGAGCAAAAAAAAAAUAACUAAAUAAUAUCCACACAGUCCAACCAAUUGGUGACCUAUAACAUAAACUGGCCACAAAGUCACUUUCAUGUGUCAAUUUGGUUUAAUUUGAUUCUCUCACUGAUUUUACUAAUUUUCCUAUUCCUUGAUUAUCCCAGAAACAAACAUGGCCAAUCUUCCUGAUGAUUGUUUGCUGAUCAUUUUUCAAUAUUGUGACGAUUUAAAUGAUCUUAACAAUUGCUUAUUGGUUUGCAAGAGAUGGAGGCGAUUGGUCAGUUAUCGUUUGUCCAAAGCUAAAUGUUUAACUGAUGAUCCAUGGCCAAGGUGUAAAAAUGAUUAUGAUGAUUACCUUUUGAAAGUUGAACGUAAUGCAAUUCCAAGUGGAUUUGAUGUCGCUAAAUUAACACCAAAUCUUGAGAUUCUUGGUUUACAUUAUUCUUAUGGAGCUAAUAGUCGAUUUGUCUUCCGAAUACUCAAAACCGUGGACUCGAUUAAAGGAUUGAUCUGUUUCAAGAACUAUGAACAAUUUUCAAUUGCUCCUUUUUGUGGUGAACUCACCAUGAUUGUUGCUACCUGUUUAUCCUCAUAUUUUAAUAAAUAUCACUUUGGACGUAACCUCAGGCAAUUAUAUCUGAGCAAUAUGAGCCUUAAACAAUUUAGCGAUUGCUCCCGUUAUUGUACUAAUUUAAGACGAUUACAUAUACAAUACAAAGGAGAUGAAUCGGAUAUUUGCUAUUCGGGUACUACACUGAAUCGACUUGAAAUUUUGGAAAUUUGUUCUUGGGCAUUGGAUGAGACGCUCGAUUAUCCUGGAUUUCACUUUAUGGACUUUUGUCCUAAACUGAAAAGCGCUUAUCUGUGCAUCGAAUCGUUAAGAUUUCCUUUCGAUGCAAAUAUUAAAAACAAUCAUCUCGAAGAUCUUGUUAUCGAAGUUAUUCGUGGAUAUGCACCAACAUGGGAAAUUUUACUUCGAUUGCUUCUUAAAUUUCCAAACUUGAAACAUCUCGCAAUCCGAUCUAAUCCUUCAAUUGAAGACGAGAAUAUCCAAGAAUUGGUUCAUAUUCUACCCAAAUUGGUUCUGUUGGACGUUCGAAAUUCAAAUAAGAUCACUAAAGAAUCGAAAAAAUAUGUCGAACGUUUUAGUGAACAAUAUAAUCGACCAAUAUCGUUCUACUUUAACAAGGAAGACAAAGAAGCGAUCGCUCGAGAUUGGCCAAAAUUAUCGUCGAGAGUUGAUUGGAUUGCCAGAGAUUUUAAUUUCAUGCGAAAUUGUUUCCUAAAACCUUUACAUUUACUCCCUUAUCUACUCAUCCCUUGAACUUUCAACUCUAUCAAUCUAUGCAAUCAACAUCAAUUUAAUCACCAAUUUUAAUCUUCCACUAACAAUUAAUCAGUGCAAUCAAAGUUUCAUCAGUUAAUCAACUUUCCUCCAUUCUCAUCAACCUUAUAUCUCUACCUCAUAAACAGAGUUUAUACUCUCUCUCUCCUCUUCCUUACAAUUAUAAUCAUCAUCAACUUUCACCUUAUUACUAUUGUAAUACAAUUAAUAUUUUAAUAAGACGAUAAUCAAUCAAUUAAUCUAACAA